CCCUAAGCUAGCGGCGCCCGAGAGGUGGUGGGAUACUGGAGGACUGAAAGAACCGCUACUGCAGUUAGAGCAUCAAAUCACAGGGUUGGAUACUGUCACCUUUUAAGAAUUAAUGAAUACACAGGGAAAUGUGAGCUGAGGACACGCAACACUGUAUCUGUAUGGCAUUUUAAACACGAUCUCAACGGAGGGAGCUGAGCUCUUCCAUCAUGAUUUGGCCAUCAUGUAAGUGCUUAUUUGUCUGGAGGCGCUGAGCGUGAUGCAGCGGCGAGACAGGAGCGGCCGGUCCGCCACCAUGGCCGUUUCCAGCAGCUGAGCGCCGCCUGCACGGAGCCACGAACAUGAACACCUAAACUUCCAAAUGGAGCUAUCACAUCCUUCAGCUGAAAUUAAAGAAACAUAAGUUUGGAAACGUUCUAGCCAGAAUGAGAUAAUAACGUUACGGGUGAAAUGCAGUGAUUUGCCCAAUUAUUGUACCAACUCCACGAUAAAUCAUGACAACUCCGGCUCUUUUACCACUGUCUGGCCGGAGGAUACCAACCCUCGCGCCCGGGGCUUCUUCGUUCCCUUAUCACCGGGCCACGCUACGACUCUCCGAGAAGUUCAUCCUCCUCCUGAUCCUCAGUGCCUUCAUCACCUUGUGCUUCGGAGCGUUCUUCUUCCUCCCCGACAACUCUAAACACAAACGAUUUGACCUGGGACUGGAGCAUAUGCUGAUACCACACAUUGACUCCAGCAAGGAGGGAAGGUUGUCUGGUGGUCCAGUAAUCCAUGGACAGGGGCUUCACGAUGAGCACCGACACAGGGAGGAGGAGGAGAGCCUGAGGAGCAAGAUCCGAGCAGACCAUGAGCGUGUCCUGGAGGAGGCCAAAGAAAAGCUAAGGAAAUCUCGUGAGCAGCUGCGGGCUGAGAUUCAGACUGAGAAAAACAAGGUAGCAGAGCAGCUCAAAGUGAAGGAUGGUGCUGGAAAGCCCCUGCCACCUGUACCUAUGCCCAAACUCGUGGGCAUCAACGACGGAGACCCAGGGGACCCUGAAGUUAAGGAGAAGCGAGACAAGAUCCGAGAGAUGAUGAAGCAUGCAUGGGACAGCUAUAGGCAGUAUGGCUGGGGGCACAACGAACUGAAGCCUCUCUCCAAAAAAGGACAUUCUACCAAUAUUUUUGGAAAUUCUCAGAUGGGAGCCACCAUUGUGGAUGCCCUGGACACCCUUUACAUCAUGGGCCUUCACAGUGAAUUUAAAGAAGGACAAGAGUGGAUUCAGCAGAACCUGAACUUCAGUGUAAAUGCAGAGGUGUCUGUCUUUGAGGUCAACAUCCGUUUCAUUGGUGGACUGCUGGCAGCCUAUUACCUGUCAGGACAGGAGGUUUUCAAGGUCAAGGCGGUCCAGUUGGCUGAAAAGCUGCUGCCUGCAUUCAACACCCCCACUGGAAUACCAUGGGCCAUGGUCAAUCUGAAGAGCGGUGUGGGAAGGAACUGGGGUUGGGCUUCAGCGGGAAGCAGCAUCCUCGCAGAAUUUGGAACCCUCCAUAUGGAGUUUGUUCACCUGUCCUACCUCACUGGAAACCCUGCUUACUUCCAGAAGGUGAUCCACAUACGUAAACUUCUGGCUAAAAUGGACCGGCCCAAUGGACUUUACCCCAACUAUCUGAAUCCCCGAACUGGCCGCUGGGGGCAGCACCACACCUCUGUUGGAGGACUAGGUGACAGUUUCUAUGAGUACCUGCUAAAAGCCUGGCUCAUGUCUGACAAAACUGACACUGAAGCCAGAAGGACGUACGAUGACGCCAUCGAGGCUAUCGAGCGUCACCUUAUCCGCAAGUCAAAUGGUGGGUUGACUUUCAUUGGGGAGUGGAAGAAUGGACACCUGGAGCGGAAGAUGGGUCACCUGACCUGCUUCGCUGGGGGCAUGUUUGCCCUUGGAGCUGAUGGUUCACCUAAUGACAAGGCUGGCCAUUACCUGCAGCUUGGUGCUGAGAUUGCCCACACCUGCCAUGAGUCCUAUGACCGCACAGUGCUGAAGCUUGGCCCAGAAGCCUUUAAAUUUGACAGUGGCUUGGAAGCAGUGGCUGUUCGUCAGAACGAGAAGUACUACAUCUUACGGCCAGAGGUUAUCGAGACUUACUGGUACAUGUGGAGAUUCACUCAUGACCCCAAGUACAGGCAGUGGGGCUGGGAGGCGGCACAGGCAAUUGAUAAACACUGCAGAGUGAGUGGGGGAUUCUCCGGCAUUAAAGACGUCUACUCGUCCACCCCUACUUACGAUGAUGUCCAGCAGAGCUUCUUUCUUGCAGAGACGCUUAAGUACCUGUACCUGCUGUUCUCCAGCGACGACCUCCUUCCCCUGGAUAACUGGGUGUUCAACACAGAGGCCCACCCCCUGCCUGUGCUCCGCCUGGGGAACAUCACAUUGCCGGGGAGCAGCGCCGUGCAGUAGGGACAGCCACCAUCCCGCGCUUACAGGCAGCUCAGAGUAAGCGAGAGCCUCAGAAAAGAGCCACACGUCUCUCGGCCCUUCUUUGAGACGACAAGAACGUUUUGCGACUACAAAGUAAGGAGUCACUCUUGUUCCUGCCAUGUUAUGUGCUGCCUUUUUUGCUCCACAUGAGCCCUGUUGACCACUCCCAGUUGCUACACUUGACCAAACGGACCAGGAACGUGGAAGGAUGCAAAGAUGCCCGAGAACUGACAGACAGAGACAUUUCUGCGGAGAGACCUGUACGUGGUAGACGAGUGGGUGGACUGGGGUACACCAGGAUUCGGGAGGCUGUGAUGAAUGUUGGUGUUUUCUGAAUGCGACUGGCCGGCUCUCCCAGAUAUCAGUGUUAACAUAACAUAACUUCCUGUUUACUCCUGACAGUGACAUUGAUGUGCUACUGAACUUACUGGAACAUCACCCUCUGUCUGACUUCAGCUGGAGGAUGUAAUAAUUGUUCUAAUAUUGUAGAAUAUCCUACUUAUUUCUCCCUGUGUUUGUUCCAAGUGACUUUGGGAUAUUUUUAGGAGGAAGAUGGACUUUUCAUAGGUGGAAAAUUAAGCUUCCAGAGUGGCAUUUUUGGUGAGUUUUUUUUUUGCCACUUAUAUAGUCCACCUCCUCUUGAAAAAUACAUGAAAACUGCCUGAAUACACUGUAUACAGUAAUUGCUAUGUAAUGCAGGGCUUUAUGUGGAUAGGGGAUUCCUUCAGAUAAAUCAUAUAUACUGCAUUAUUUUGGGUAAAUUUUUGCUUUUCACCUGCUUUAUUAUUCCGCUUUUCUUGAUCUUGCAACCCCAGAAGGUGGUAUGACCAAGUAUGGCCUGAUCCUAGAGUAAAACAUUAAUUUUGCCAAUAUAUUAAUCUUUGAUUAGGGACCAAAACCUGUCUGGGAUCAGUUGAUUAUUACUUUUUGGCACAGCCUUAUGUUUAGUAAUCUUGUUAUUUCAGUUGUAGUUCUGCGAUUGAAAAAAUAUUGCACUGUCUGUGGGGGAGGACAUGAAACUAAGAUGGUACUUUUACUUUGGCAAAAAAAGGUGCAUGAAGAGCUGUUAAGUGAUUCCAACUUUAUAAUAUCUGAACAUGGUUGGUUAAAAAUAAAUCUUUAAGGUGAGUCAAACACGUGAUGGAGUGGCAAAAAUCUUCUAAACUGCAGUGCCAGAUUCCCCAUGUAUACCAUUAAUGAUAUUACACUUAUUCAGUUAUGCAAUGUGUAGCCCGUGCACAUAGGAAUGGGUUGAUAUUUUUUAUUUUUAUAGCAAUGUCUCCCAACCCGUUCUCAAAAGAAUCAUGUCAACAUAUACAUCACUUCAGCAGUGCAUGUAGCACUUACAAACCUUGUUUGUUUGGAGUGUAAAUGCAGGAGCAGCAGCAAAAUAGUUUUCCAAGCUUCAGAACCCAGCUGACAAUAGAUUGUCAGGUAAAAAUUUUGUGUAUGGAAAAAACAAAUCAGUGAGCACUAUCAACCCACAAGAGUCCUACACCUGUGGGACCUGCUGCGGAAGAGCUGGGAACAUGUCACCUCAUUUCCCAAUCAAACUAGAUUCCCGCAAGCAUGCUCAUGUAUAUUUACAUUUAUUCAUUUAGCAGACAUUUAUGUGGAGAAGACAGCAGACGUUUGUAGGACAUUUGUAUACAAAGCUGAGUUUCACUCAUUAAUGUAAUUAACUGUCUGCUAAGGGUCAUGAAGUUCUGCUAGUUUGUGACUGACCUGGGUGUUGUGUUAGAGCAGUGUUUUUUGUUCUCAUUGCUGUGAACAGAAGGCAGUCAGAACUCUAGCUGCUAGAAGUGGUAAUGUAAUGCACAAGUACUGAAGGCCCCACAAACCUAACUUGGCAGAACAACAGGAGAGUCCAAAUCCUCCUUGAAUAUAUAAUGGAUCAAGGUGAGCUAACCUUCCCCUCUUGCUUGUCCCCAACUCAAUACAUCAUCAUCCAACUACUUAAAUGUCAAUGUUUGUUUUAUGCUUUCCAGACCACUUGUGGAAAUGGUUUUAGAUCCCCCCCACCCUGUAAUGAGAACUACAUUUUCGGAAGGUCUAAAUUUGCUGUCUGCUCUGUUCUCUCACUAGCAGGAAUCAUAAUGGGAGCAUAGUUUCCCCAUAGUUAAUUACUGCAGGAGUUUUUAUGAUAGCAUAUGGAUUUAUAUUCCUCAAAGGUGCAGUAAGUAAAAAUUUUGUAACCAUUACGUAACUAAGAACAGGUCUAUACUGCUCCCAAUUCAUCAUUCAGAAAUAUUUGUAUGUUCUGUAUCUCUGGGGCCUACUUAUUUUUCCUUUCCUUGUUUAUUCAGUAAUAUAGAGCCGUUCUUUUGGUUCAGAUUCAAGCUGAGGAUGUCCUGUUUUAAAAAAAAAAAAAAA